GUGGCUCCUGGUGUGUGGGGGACCCUGAGUGUACGACUGAGCGUGUCAGAAAGACUGUGUGAGUGUGGGUGUGUGAGCGACCUCCCUGAGUCUGAGGGUGACUCUGUGAGUGUGCAAGAAAGACCUUGAGUGAGAAGAUGACGCCGAGAGUGUGUGUGAGAUGAUGCUGACCGUAUGGGAGAGUCCUUGAUGUGAAGGAGACUCUGGGUGCGCGUGAGACACACGCAGACCCCCUAGACUAGCAGGAGACUGCGUGUGUGAAACCCAGAGCCUGGGGGUGAGUUCUCUGAGCGUGUGAGAGCUUGCGUGUGAGGGUGUCUCCCGGAGUGUGCGAGAGACUGAGAGGGAGACCGUGGCGAUAGAGGCCCUGAGUGUGACACCGUGUGAAGCACCGAGAGGUGGUCCAGGGUGACCGUGACGGGAAGAGAGCGAGCCUGUGCCCUGAGAAACUCAGCAAGUGAGAAAGACCGCGUGCAAGACUGCGGAUGCCCUGCAGGGUCAGAGGCCACAGGAAACACACGUGUGAAGGAGACAUUUGCCAUGGAAGCCAGGGAGCUGGAGAGCCCCACACCAACCUACCAUCUCAUUCCUGAGGCCAGACAGCCCAUGGAGAAAGAUGUCAGCAUGCAACCUCAACGGACCUCAGAAACUAUGCAGCUAAAGAAGGAGAUCUCUCUGUUGAAUGGGGUCAGCCUGGUGGUGGGCAACAUGAUUGGCUCAGGAAUCUUUGUCUCACCCAAGGGCGUGCUGGUAUAUACUGCCUCCUAUGGGAUGUCGCUAGUCAUAUGGGCCGUCGGUGGGCUCUUCUCUGUUAUUGGUGCCCUUUGCUAUGCGGAGCUGGGGACUACCAUCACCAAGUCUGGGGCCAGCUAUGCUUAUAUUCUAGAAGCUUUUGGGGGCUUCAUUGCCUUCAUCCGUCUGUGGGCCUCCUUGCUAAUUGUUGAGCCCACCAGUCAGGCCAUCAUUGCCAUCACCUUCGCCAACUACAUCAUCCAGCCCUCGUUCCCUACCUGUGAUCCCCCAUACCUGGCCUGCCGUCUCCUCGCUGCUGCUUGCAUAUGUCUGCUGACAUUUGUCAACUGUGCCUAUGUCAAGUGGGGCACACGUGUGCAGGACACAUUCACUUAUGCCAAAGUCCUAGCGCUCAUUGCCAUCAUUGUUAUGGGCCUCGUUAAACUGUGCCAGGGACACUCUGAGCACUUUCAGGAUGCCUUUGAGGGUUCCUCCUGGGACAUGGGAGACCUCUCUCUCGCCCUCUACUCUGCCCUCUUCUCUUACUCAGGUUGGGACACCCUUAAUUUUGUAACAGAAGAAAUCAAAAACCCAGAAAGAAAUUUGCCCCUGGCCAUUGGGAUUUCUAUGCCAAUUGUGACACUCAUCUACAUCCUGACCAAUGUGGCCUACUAUACAGUGCUGAGCAUUUCAGAUGUCCUUGACAGUGAUGCUGUGGCUGUGACAUUUGCUGACCAGACGUUUGGCAUGUUCAGCUGGACCAUUCCUAUUGCCGUUGCCCUGUCCUGCUUUGGGGGCCUCAAUGCAUCUAUCUUUGCUUCAUCAAGGUUGUUCUUCGUGGGCUCCCGUGAGGGCCACCUCCCGGAUGUACUGUCAAUGAUCCACAUUGAGCGUUUUACACCCAUCCCUGCUUUAUUGUUCAAUUGUACCAUGACACUUAUCUACCUCACUGUGGAAGACGUUUUCCUGCUCAUCAACUACUUCAGCUUCAGCUACUGGUUCUUCGUGGGCCUGUCUGUUGCUGGACAGCUCUACCUUCGCUGGAAGGAGCCUGAGCGGCUCCGGCCUCUCAAGCUGAGCCUGUUUUUCCCCAUCGUGUUCUGCAUAUGCUCCUUGUUUCUGGUGAUUGUGCCUCUAUUCAGUGACACCAUCAAUUCCCUCAUCGGCAUUGGGAUUGCCCUCUCUGGGGUUCCUAUCUACUUUGUGGGUGUUUAUCUGCCAGAGUCCCGGAGGCCACUCCUUUUUCAGAAUGUUCUGGCUGCUAUCACCAAAGUCACCCAGCAGCUUUGCUUUUGUGUCCUGACUGAGCUUGAUGUAGCUGAAGAGAAAAAGGUUGAAAGGAAAGCUGACUAGAGGCCAGAGGAGAUGUCCCUUGAGGCCUGGAAGGCCAGCCACGGCUACCAAAGUCCAGAUGACAAGACUGUGCAGGCCCAACUCUCUUGUUCUAAAGGAGCCUGUGGGCCACAUUACCUAAGGGGGCUCAGAGCCAACAGUCUGCUCAGGUGGUCAGAGCAGACUCAGGGUCUGAGGCCAGCCUGAAAAUGGGAAUUGUAUAGAAAGUGGUGGUGGGGAGGGCUUGGGGUGAGGGCAGUAGUUAUUUAGUUUUGUUUCUGGUGAGUAGGUGCAGCUUACCAAACACUUGGCAAGUUGCACUGGGGGAAGAGGGAGUGCUAGGUUAAUAGCUGCGGCUGGUGGUUCUGAAUUUGAUAUGUGAGGUUUGAAUCAGAAGUCUUUACAACAGGGGCUGCUUUAUGGAAAGCUUUCCUCUGAGCAGGUCCAAGCACCUGACUGUAGAGGCCUAAAAUGCUACCAUUUCUUCCUGUGACUCACAAUCUUUCCCUGGAAAGACGGUUGUAUUCCAUUAUUUAUUGAUAUUAUUUAAUCCAGAACCCCAGUUCUAGCAAAACAUUGGUGUUCAUUCAUCGACCAGAUGCAAUAAGCUGAUUGUGUUUAAAAAUUCAAAGCACACCAAAUUGAGUCCCUCUGCCCGUAGAGGUGUCUCUGUGUGGUGGUGGAUCAGACUCUGACCAGAUUUUUUUGCUUGGUUUUAGCACAUUCUCCUGUUGAGUCUUAGCUACAAAGGUGAACUUUAAAGAUUUUUUUAACUCAUGUAGUAGAUAUCAAGUAUCUACUAACUAUAGUUAGUAGGUCACAGAUUAUAAGCACCUGGCUCGAAUCAGCAAGGACAAAUGAACAAAUUCAUGAGUCAGAAGUCUGGUAAUAUUGCUAUUUUGAAGGAUAAUCCUUUAUUUCACUUAAGACCUUAGGUCUUUGUUCUAGAUGAUAGAUUACAUUUCUGGGUUUCUGGUAUGAACUUUAAGAGGACAUGAACUGUUUUAGAAUUCAAGUGGAUUACCUGAAUUCUCUCAGCUGUCAAUGGCUUAGAGACCAUCUAAGACCAUCUCUAAGCCACCAAAAUAGCUUGUUUCUUUCUAUUAGGGCCGGUGUGAGGGAUGCUGUGCAGACCCAUGCAAGCCCACCUUGGUGCUAGAAGUGGUCAUUUCCCUUUUCUGAAAACUUCACACCACGCUGCAUGCUCCUCUUCCAUCCCCAACACUGGGCUUUGUUUACACUCUGAGCUGUCUUGGUGUGGAUCAUCGGGAUAGUGCAUUCCUGUCCCGUCUGCCUCCCGUUGCUGGAGGUUUGGUGGGCCUGCAGUCUCAGGAAGAGCUUGGUACUUGUGUGGACUUCUUUUUUCUCCCUGUGGAGAUCAGUGAAGACUUUGGCGGAGGGAAAGCUGCUUCAACCUCAAAUCUGGCUCCUCACCAGACUGCCUGAUUGGAAGCAACUAAUUCUGGUGCUCAAGCUGCGCUUUAGUAUCCAGGUCGGGCCAGAGCAGGUUUGGCCUAAUGAAUGUUCCUUUCCUCAUGGGCAGCCAUGGUUGCGGUGGACUGUGCAACUAUCCUGUGAUGUGUCCAGACACUGUCAUCCUGGGUCCAGAGGAAACUGCUGGCUUGGCUCAUCCCCUGCCUGGACUUCUUAUCCUUUGGUUUUAGAAUCGGUCAGUUGUAAAGACAAGAACUAUCAGGCAAUCUCCAGUUCUGACCAUUCUUUUCCACCAAAAGGCCUCAGUCGCAGCCAGGGGAGUGACCUUGGUCAUACUUGCUCAAUAAAGACAAUCAGGAGCAUGAGCACAGUGGUCUUCGGUUCAGGGCAUGCAUGGAUGAGAAAAUGAGAGGACAUUCUUACCGUCAUGGGUGGGGGCAAUAUGGAGUCUGUGCAAAGGCUGACUUGCCUAGACUAUGUAAACAUGACUCCUGUCUGAGCCAAGAUGGCACCUUUCCCAGGGAUCCUCUGGAACUAAUCAUUGAAGUGGUGCGUGCCUGUCUUGAGGAUCCCUGACCAAGGUUUUAGCUUUCUAUACUGAAGUAAAUGACAAGCUAGUCCCAAGAACUUGCUGUCCCCCAUGCUUCUCCUGGGGGAAGCAUGGGCCUCAUACCCUAAGUGACCCCAUACAAACUUAGUGAGCCAUGUCAUCCCUCUCUCAUUACUGGAUGGCAACUUCAUUCUUCCCCUCUGUGCUGGAUAGACUUCACCCAGGAACCCUUCUGUGGGAGAAAAGCCAGACUCCCUACCGCACUCAAGCUUUCUGGUGGAAUUAAAUUUCUGCAAGGUCUUUGUUAGUCUCCUUCAGUCCUUCUCCUGGUGUGCUAAUCCCUUUUGCAAUAGGUACAGUACGUGAGGUUGUCAGCCCUUUAAUGUUGGCAGACCUUAAUGAGUAUAGAAACAGCAGUGAGCACAUUAUAAUGGCACUGAGUAGUUUUUAAUCCUGUUUCUAUGCCUACAGGAGACAUGUAAAUUGCUGCCUGUUACUUGCAGCACUGAAUUGUACCUUUGUGGAUAGUUUCUAGUCACAAGAGUAGAGCCUGUGUAUAUACGGAAUUUAAUCAUUUGGCAGGUUUAACAUAAGUACAGUAACUAAUAUAGGUAAAGACCCACAGAAGGAACAGAGAGUGAAAGAAUAGGUGGAAGCAGGUUAGAAAAAGAGAGAUACUUAAGAAAUUUUAAAAGAUGUGGAAAGAAGACAUCCCUGUGCAAUUCACAUUUUUGAUGGUGAAUCUGUGCCACAGGGCCGGAAGGCACAUUUCGAUUCAAAGGUUCUCUGUAUUAUUUUCCUAGACCUGUACUAUCCAGUAUAGUUAACUAUUAGCCAUAUGUAGCUACUUAAAUUAAGAAAUAUUAAUUCCUCAGUUGCACUGGUCAUUUUUUAAGAGCUGAGCCACAUAUGACUAGUGGCUACUAUUGCACAGUACAGAUAUGGAACGUAAGUAUUGUGCAUGAAGUUCCGUGGGACAGUGUUCUCUUGGAAGAAUAAAUGCCAACUGAGAUGGUAUGGAAAGUAGGGAUAGAGUUUGCUUAUAGGGAAUCCAAAUUCUGAUAAUAAAACUGGUCCUGUUAAAUCA